AUGCUACUUUCAAGAGUGAGAUGGCGAGGGCACCUAAACUUGGCUUACUCGAUCCAAAAAUUCUACCCAAUUGCAUUAGCUGAUAAAACAUGGGAUAAUACUGGUUUAUUGGUAGACUCUAGCUAUGAAGACCAAUUGCAGGAGUGCUCUCCCAUUAAGGUGCUUUUAACAAUUGACUUGACACAAUCUGUUGCAGAGGAAGCUGUAAAAAAUAAUGUCAAGUUUAUAAUGGCGUAUCAUCCAUUUAUAUUCCGCGGUUUAAAAUCAAUUACUCAGCAAGAUCCUCAACAGAGAUCUUUGAUUAAGUUGAUCAAGAAUCAAAUCAGUGUUUACUCGCCUCACACAGCUGUAGAUAGCGCGAAUGGCGGAGUCAAUGAUUUUUUAGUCGAUGUCAUUACCAAAAACUUGGCUAUUGAAUCUAGCAAGCCAAUUGAGAAGGAUCUAAACUUUCCAGAAAGCGGUAUGGGGAGAUUUGUUACAUUGAAAACACCCUCCAAAUUGAAGACGCUAGUAGGAAAUGUGAAAUCAGGAUUGAAUCUUCAACAUGUACAAGUUGCCGAGUCAACAAAGGAGAUCAAGACAAUAGCAAUAUGCGCAGGUUCAGGAGGCAGUGUUUUUAAAAACUUUGAAGCUGACUUGUACUUUACUGGAGAAUUAUCUCAUCAUGAAGCUUUAUAUUUCAAAGAGUCUGGAUCAAGUGUCAUUUGCUGUAACCAUUCAAACACCGAACGUGCAUUUUUGGAAAUUAUCAAAAUGCAACUACAAGAGGAGCUAAACUCCGAAAUGGGCGAUCAAGUGAUUAUAAGUGAAACAGAUAGAGACCCUUUCGAAACAUGGUAA